ACCAUAGAGGAGCCAUAGUGGAUCCAUAGUAGAGCCCUCCCCUCUGAGCGGGGAUGAACGGGAGGAAGCAUCAGCCUGCUUCACGGUAAUUCAUGAUGGACUCAUCAGACAACCUGUCCGCUCAGGCGGGCGCUGUGGAGCGGGACGCUGCAGCGACAUCCGUGGAUGUGGACACCGCAGUUCUGCUACUGGGAGCGGGAGUGACAGCCAUCACACACCCGCUGUUAUAUGUCAAGCUGCUAAUACAGGUGGGUCAUGAACCUCUCCCCCCAGCUGUGGGCACUACUAUGUUUGGAAGGAAAGUUUUGUACCUGCCUGGCUUCUUCUCCUAUGCACAGCAUAUUGUGACAGUGGAUGGAAAGAGGGGACUCUUCCGUGGCCUCUCACCACGUAUCGUGUCCAGUGCCAUCUCCACUGUGGUCAGGAGCAAAGUUAAACAGCAGGUGGAGCUUCUGUCCAAAACAGAUGAGCUGCAGUUUUCACUCAGGAAAGUGAUCAAAGAGACCUCACAUGAAAUGAUCAUCCAGUGCCUGUCCAGAGUAGCCACUCAUCCUUUUCAUGUUAUGUCAGUGCGAUGUAUGGCCCAGUUUGUAGGCAGAGAGGUCAAGUACAGUGGAAUAUUCAGGUGUGUUGUCAGGAUUUUUAAGGAAGAAGGAGUCACUGGAUUCUAUGUUGGUCUCAUACCUCAUGUGCUGGGAGAAGUCCUCUUCCUGUGGUGUUGCAACCUCCUGGCUCACUUUAUUAAUACCUAUGCUGUAGAUGAAAGUUUCAGCCAUGCGUCAGCCGUGAGAAGCUACACUAAGUUUGUGAUGGGGAUUGCAGUGAGUGUUCUAACAUAUCCGUUCAUGCUAGUGGCUGAUCUGAUGGCGGUCAACAACUGUGGGUUGACUGCUGGUCUUCCUCCUCACUCACCCAUCUUUAAAUCCUGGUUGCACUGUUGGAAUCAUCUGAGCUCGCAGGGCCAACUCUUCAGAGGCUCCAGCUUCUUUUCCCGUCGGGUGCCAGUGACCUCCUUGCCCUUCAUUGAGGACUGACAUCAUCAUCACCUGCUUGACUCUUCCUCCUCCUAUUUACAAAUAUUUUCAAAAGACACUUCCAACAGCCAUGACACAUAUUUCUAUGUUGUUGUUGUAUGUCAUGAUUGUUUUUUCUUCAA